CUGAAAACUUUUGUGGAAUUAAAUUGUAAUACGAAAUUCGCAAACAGCGCGUACAGUUGGACACUAAAAAUGAAAAUUGUCUGCACGUUGAGCAACACAAUUUUCCUCACUUGUGUGCUUCUAGGGAUCUUUAUCGUUGUUGAGGGUCAUCUUUUUGCCUUGACGGGUCCCAAGAAGUGCCAUGAUGUUUGCCCCAUGGGAUAUAGGGUGGUAUGUGCCCUGGACGUCCUAGAUGGUUGCCUGCGCACUUUUGCCAGCAGCUGUGUGAUGCGAAUGUACAACUGCAAGUAUCAGAAGGAUUAUCGCAUUAUAGCGGAGAGGGCAUGUGAAUUUAUUACCAACGAUGAGCUGCAAAUGUUAAAAUUCUAGCGGCCGUUUUCGUAAGCGAAAGUAUGCCGGAGUCCGCCACCAGAGCGCGCCAGCAAGAAACUGCGCACGCGUCGUAUACGCAAUGUGGAUGCGAACGAAAAUCGCCAAUUGUCCUCCGUUGUUUUCCCAGCAAAGCCAUCCUUUUUGUACGACAUUGUUAAUGUUUUAAAUCGCAAGAAUAAUUAAUAAAAAAAAUUAAGUUAAAGUGUAAGAAAAAUAAGUAAAAAGUGUGCUGUUCCAGUGAUUAAAUCAAACAAAAGGAAAAGAAUUAGUAAAGAAAAAAGAAAAGAAAAGUCGAAAAAGCGCAACCCAAAAAUUGUUUGGGCAGGCAGGAGCACCACAAAGGAUAUAAUACACAUAUACUCGAGUGUUUUUGUGAGCGCUGAAGGUGGAGAAGAUUUCUCGCUUGGCGAUUUAAAAGCAGGGUAGAGCAACGAGUUCCUCCGGCUGCGGCUGCUGCUGUUGUUGCUUGGGCACACUUCUGGGCAACGCAUUGUCGCCGCCGACCGCAAAGCUGGGCAAAAUUAUGAA